UCGUAGAUUUGUUGAUGCAAUUAUCAAAAUGGACAAAUUGGGUUCAACCCAAUCCUAAACCUCUUCGAUUCUUACACGUCUCUGCAAUUUUUUUUGGGGCGCAUUUUUUGGUUUCAGUCGCAUCCUUAAAAUAACAAUCAAACUCCUUCCGUAAACUGCUAACACUUUCGUUUCUCUCUGGCUCUUAGCUUCUUUUACAGUUUUGCAGAGAUGGGUCUCGCCAAGGAGUAUGGAUUUAUGAAUGAGAUCGGUCUGGGACCUCGCAAUUUGGGGUGUUACGUCAAUGGCGUCUGGAAGGGAAGCGGCCCAGUGGCUUCUUCCUCGAAUCCUGCCAAUAAUCAGAUAAUUGCUGAAGUAGUGGAGGCUUCCACCCAAGAUUAUGAGGAGGGCUUGGAAGCGUGUAGUGAAGCGGCAAAAGUAUGGAUGCAGGUUCCUGCGCCCAAGAGAGGAGAGAUUGUAAGACAGAUAGGGGAUGCACUAAGAGGUAAACUCCAUCAACUUGGUCGUCUUGUGUCACUUGAGAUGGGAAAGAUACUUCCAGAAGGGAUAGGAGAAGUUCAAGAAAUUAUUGACAUGUGUGACUUCUCUGUUGGUUUAAGUCGACAACUGAAUGGAUCCAUCAUACCAUCUGAGCGUCCAAAUCAUGCUAUGAUGGAGAUGUGGAACCCUCUUGGAAUAGUUGGUGUCAUUACAGCUUUCAACUUUCCUUGUGCUGUUCUUGGAUGGAAUGCUUGUAUUGCACUAGUUUGUGGGAACUGUGUAGUCUGGAAAGGUGCUCCAACGACCCCCUUAAUCACUGUUGCAAUGACAAAGUUAGUGGCUGGGGUUCUCGAAAAGAACAACUUACCGGGUGCAAUUUUCACAUCCUUUUGCGGAGGUGCUGAAAUCGGUCAGGCAAUAGCAAAAGAUAGGCGCAUUCCCUUGGUUUCAUUUACUGGAAGCUCCAAGGUCGGUCUAAUGGUUCAGCAAACUGUAAACGAGAGAUAUGGGAAAUGCUUGCUUGAAUUAAGUGGAAAUAAUGCAAUAGUUGUCAUGGACGAUGCUGAUAUCCAACUAGCUGUUCGUUCAGUUCUGUUUGCCGCUGUUGGCACAGCUGGUCAACGAUGCACAACAUGUCGAAGGCUGCUGCUUCAUGAAAGUAUAUAUCAGAAAGUGCUCGAUCAAUUAGUCGACGUAUACAAACAAGUGACAAUUGGAAAUCCUCUUGAGAAAGGUACCUUACUGGGGCCAUUGCAUACGUCGGAUUCGAGGAAGAAUUUCGAGAAGGGAAUUGAGAUCAUCAAGUCUCAGGGAGGGAAGAUUGUUACUGGAGGUUCGGUUGUUGAGUCGGAGGGCAACUUUGUGCAGCCCACAAUUGUCGAAAUUUCUGCAAAUGCUAAUGUUGUGAAGGAAGAACUAUUCGCUCCAGUUCUUUAUGUCAUGAAAUUUCAGACGUUGAAAGAGGCAAUUGAAAUCAACAACUCCGUGCCGCAAGGGUUAAGCAGUUCUAUCUUCACACGUCGACCUGAGAUCAUCUUCAAGUGGAUUGGACCACAAGGGAGUGACUGUGGUAUUGUAAAUGUAAACAUACCAACAAAUGGGGCUGAAAUUGGAGGUGCUUUCGGGGGAGAAAAGGCCACUGGGGGUGGUCGUGAAGCAGGAAGUGACUCGUGGAAGCAAUACAUGCGUCGCUCAACUUGCACCAUCAACUAUGGGAAUGAGUUACCAUUGGCACAAGGAAUCAAUUUUGGAUAGAUGGUCAAAACAGUUUGGUGCUUUUAGAGGAAGGGGCUUCAUUUGAGGCUUCUGCUCCAGCUUUGACUGAGAAAAGAUUUGGCGUUACCAACGCUUUUAGAAAGACAAUUCCUGCCAACUAAUAGAAGAGGGAGCUCCUUCAAAAUCUGGCCGUAUGCAACUCAAAUAAAUAAAUUAAAAAAAAAAAAGUUUUCACAGGAAUAACUUCAUUCCAGUGGCUGGCUCCUCCCUCUUUCUUCAUUUACUGUAUUGUUGAAGACUUUUGCAAUCCAAUAAUGAGAUUUUCAGCAAGAAUAUGAAUAUGAAUAUGAAUAUGAAUUUAUGAUA